CUCUGAGCUUCAGAGUUCUAUUAUAUUUAUUAAACCCUAAUAAAGAUGGCUAGAGAUCAAUUGAAGGUUCUUCAAGCUCUUGACGCUGCAAAAACACAAUGGUAUCACUUCACGACGAUAGUGAUCGCCGGAAUGGGUUUCUUCACUGAUUCUUACGAUCUCUUCUGUAUCUCACUUGUCACGAAACUACUUGGCCGGAUUUAUUACUUCAAAGAAGGCUCUCCUGAACCCGGUUCACUUCCUUCCAACGUCUCCGCCGCCAUUACCGGCGUCGCCUUCUGCGGAACCCUACUCGGUCAGCUGUUCUUCGGGUGGCUCGGAGACAGGCUGGGAAGAAAACGCGUCUAUGGUAUAACCCUAAUGCUCAUGGUGGUUUGUUCUAUAGGUUCUGGUCUUUCUCUUGGAUCGAACCCUAAAGCCGUUAUGGCCACUCUUUGCUUCUUCCGGUUCUGGCUCGGCGUCGGCAUCGGUGGCGACUACCCUCUCUCCGCCACCAUCAUGUCGGAGUAUUCCAGUAAGAAGACACGUGGGGCAUUCAUCGCCGCCGUUUUCGCCAUGCAAGGGUUUGGGAUUCUCGCCGGCGGCACCGUCGCGAUCAUCGUCUCUGCAAUUUUUAAAGCUCACUUUCCUGCACCUUCGUAUCAGACGAAUCCAGCUUUAUCUACAAUUCCAGAAUUCGAUUAUGUCUGGAGAUUCAUUCUCAUGUUCGGUGCUGUCCCGGCGAUUUUAACUUAUUAUUGGCGUAUGAAGAUGCCUGAAACUGCCAGAUACACUGCCUUGGUCGCUAAGAACACGAAGCAAGCAGCUUCUGAUAUGUCCAAAGUGCUUCAGGUUGAGAUCGAAGCAGAAACUGACCAGAAAAUUACGAAGAGUGGUAAUAGUGAUAACCAGUUUGGGUUAUUCUCGAAGCAGUUUCUAAUUCGUCAUGGGCUUCACUUGCUCGGAACCACCACGACGUGGUUUUUUCUAGACAUUGCGUUUUACAGUCAGAAUCUCUUUCAGAAAGACAUAUUCAGUGCGAUCGGGUGGAUUGCAGAUGCGAAGACGAUGAGCGCCAUUGAAGAGGUCUUCAAGAUCGCCAGAGCUCAGACCCUCAUAGCCAUUUGCAGCACCGUGCCGGGUUACUGGGUCACGGUGGCUCUGAUUGAUAGGAUAGGAAGGUUUAAGAUUCAGAUCAUCGGCUUCACCUUUAUGACAGUGUUCAUGUUUGCACUGGCGGUUCCGUACGAUCACUGGACAGUGAAGGGAAACCAGAUAGGGUUCGUGGUGAUGUACUCUCUCACCUUCUUUUUCUGCAACUUCGGGCCUAACUCAACGACAUUCAUCGUCCCGGCGGAGAUAUUUCCGGCGAGGCUGAGGUCAACGUGCCAUGGAAUAUCAGCAGCAGCAGGUAAAGCAGGAGCGAUAGUGGGAUCGUUUGGGUUUCUGUAUGCUUCGAACACCAUUGGGGUGAGGAAUGCUCUGAUAAUUCUGGGUGUGAUUAACUUGUUGGGGUUGAUGUUCACGUUUCUGGUGCCGGAGACGAAGGGGAAAUCGCUGGAGGAGAUUUCCGGUGAAGGUGGUGAAGAAGAAGAAGAUGAUGAAGCAGAGACUAGCAAUGAUGUUCCUAACAGAGACUGUAGGAUUGAAAAUAUUGCUUAGCUUUGUGUGUGAGAGAUUAAUUUGUAAGGUGAAAAUUCUUCUGAAAAUAGGCAUAAUUUUGUGAAGGUAACGAGAAGAACUA